GAGCGUAGCAUUGCUCUGCGCAGUGUCUGGAGCCUCGUGUAUGCUCAGAAACUGAUAAAUAGGGAAAAGGCCCCGUUUGCUCCAGCUGGACUCAGACUCGGAGCAGCGCUGCAGCCCAGCGGACUCAGCUCUGGGAGCCAGAAACUCUGCAACUACCGUUGCCUUCUUACAAGUCUAUGACACAGCGAAGUGAAUGAAACAGUGCAGUUGGGAGCAGAACAUGGCAAAUACAUUUGUCACUGUACCGGAUGGGUAUUGCCUGCCUGAGCCCAUCCAGUAUUAUGAUGUUCUGCCAGAGCACAUCAACUAUCAGCUGCAAGACACCGAUUUUCAGACUGCUCCUUGUUGCCAAUACUCAACAGUUCAAAUUCCUCCUCCAGUAUUACAGUCCCAACCUCCCCAUUCCCAGUACAGCACAUACAGCCUGGACUCUCAGUACAGCGAUGGGCAAUGUGUCAUCAGCAGCUGUGAAUUAAGCAAACCCCCUUUCAUGACUCCCCAUAUGGAUGAUGGUGGAUACCAAGGAUUAAAACGGCCAAGAUUAAACCACUCUUCUUUGAGACUGAAGGGACAGGAGGAGCUGUGUGUGGUGUGUGGUGACAAGGCCUCGGGCUAUCACUACAAUGCACUUACCUGUGAAGGCUGUAAAGGCUUCUUUCGACGCAGCAUAACCAAAAAUGCAGUGUAUCGAUGCAAGAAUGGUGGUCACUGUGAAAUGGACAUGUACAUGCGAAGGAAGUGUCAGGAAUGUCGCCUGAAGAAGUGUAAAGCUGUGGGAAUGCUAGCAGAAUGUUUGCUGACUGAAGUACAGUGCAAGUCAAAGCGGCUCAGGAAGAAUUUCAAACAGAAGAGCAGUUUUCUCUACAAUAUAAAGCUGGAAGAUGAGAGGCUGAAUAGUAAACAUGUAUCAUCUACAACAAGAUCUGGAAAAAUCCCAGAGAAGAUGGAACUUACUCCAGGGGAGCAUCAGCUUCUGGACCACAUUGUAGCAGCACACCAAAAAUACACAAUUCCCCUGGAGGAAGCAAAGAAGUUUCUACAAGAAACUGCAAGUCCUGAGGAAAGUUUUCUCCAUCUCUCCGAGACAGCAGUUGUCCACGUACAAGUGUUAGUGGAUUUCACAAAAAGACUUCCAGGAUUUGAAAGUUUAGCUAGUGAAGAUCAGAUUGCGCUGCUAAAAGGGUCAACAGUUGAGGCGAUGUUUUUGCGUUCAGCCCAAAUAUACAACCAAAGAAUCAGUGAAUGCCAAGCCUCAACAAGUGAAAGUCACGUAAGGCUUUCUGAUCAUGGGACAUACUGUCACAUUCAAGAUCUUGAUAGAAACAACAUUUACUCCAUGGCAAUGUGUCACAAUGAAGAGAGUCCAACUUCCACUACUACCACAGGUAUAACCGAGGAGUUUAUUACCGCGCUGUUUUACUUCUACAGAAGCAUGGGGGAACUGAAAGUGACCGAGACCGAAUACGCCCUGCUCGUAGCAACGACGGUGUUUUUUUCAGACCGCCCGCUCCUCAGGAACAAGCGGCACGUCGAAGAGCUGCAGGAGCCGCUCCUGGGCCUCCUCUACAAGUACUCCAAGAUCCAUCAUCCCGAGGACCCCCAGCAUUUCGCCCGCCUGAUCGGGCGCCUCACAGAACUGCGCACCCUCAACCAUACCCACGCGGAGGUGCUGGUGACGCGGAGAACCAAGGACCCGCGGCUGACCCCGCUGCUUUGCGAGAUCUGGGACCUGCACUAGGCGAGCCCGUAACGCAUCCGCGCCGCGCCCCCCAGGAUCACUCCUCACGGUCACCGCUCCGCUCCGCCCUGCCCUGCGCCGCCUCACCAGCCCGGCGCGCGCCGUGCCCGCCGCCGCCGCCUCCCCUCCCGCUUCGGUCGCGCGCUCUCCCCUUCCCGCCUUUUUGCCGUCCCUCAGCAGCCGGCGGGUCCGGUGCGUCCGUCAUGAGGCGCUGCCUCUGACAGCCGCCUCUUAUUCUCCGAGGCCAUGGAAAAAGAAAAACCGUUCAAACUGUUCGUGCCGCCGCGCCUGAGCAGUGGGCAGGUGUCUGCAGUCAAACCGCAGGCGAGCGCUCGGGCGACGGGCCUCUGUCAGGUAAAUGGCGCUGCCGCGUGCCUUUGCCUCUGGAGGCCACAGCUAAACAGCGGGGUGGGAGCGGUGGAACAGCGGAGGGUCCUCCGGGGAGCUCUCAGGCUGUCCAGUCCUGAACCUCCCUUUUGGAAAGCCCAUGCAUAUAGAUGCGUGAAGUGUGGGCGCUGAACUCGUUUUUCUGCGAACUGUUGAGAUUGGUGCUGGGGGGGAGAACAUCUUAAGUUUUAAUUUCAAAGACUUUUACCUUUUUUUCCUAUCAAAACUGAAAAGAAUCAUGUCCUUGAGCAUCUGUUGUGUAUUUUAACUGUGCAUCAUCAGUAAUAAACAUGUUUGGUGUGGGCAAUUCAGAUAGGAGGUGGGAUGGGCACCACUCGAAUACCCUUACUGGCUUUGAUUUAUUGGUCCCACCAGAUCAAGUGUGCAGUGAAAUGUUCUGUCUCUAUGCUCUGAGUUAUGUGAAUUCAACAAGAUACUUUUUCAUGUUGAGGUGCCUUAUUAAAUAUGUUUAGAUUCCAGUGUGAUAUUCUGACAGGAGAUGAGUUACACUAUUUACAAGGCAAAUUUCUGUGAUGCUUUGUAAAACGUUCAUGCUAAAACAUAAGCGGGUGUGUUCUAGAAGUACUUUUGGGACUAAAGUAAAAAGUAAGUAUCAAGUACUGGGGGGAUAGAGGGGAAGUCAUGUUGCUUAAUGAGUCCUUUACCAUGCAACUGUGUAUGGGCAUGCAGUAGCUAAUAAAUGCUUCUCAUCAAAAGCUUCCA